AUGAACGAAGUGAAGACGCGUGUUGUGGAUGGCACUAAUUGUUCGAAGCAAUUGAAGUUCGGUGUUGAGCGUAUUUUGUCGGAUGAAAUUUCCUCGAAGAAAGCAGAUGUGCUGAGGCCACUUCCGGUGCAAUUUUCCACGGUGCGGUGUCCCUGUCCCGGUGGUUGCGUCAGGUGUGAGGCUCUUCGAAUUUGUCCCUCCUUCCCUUAUGGUCAAACCUCGAUUCCUGGAAGUUACGGGAGCACGAACCAUGGAAACGGAAUUAUCGAAAAUUAUGCGAGUAUUUAUCGACCUGCGCCACUUCGACCUGUCCCCAGAGUUCCGGUAUCGUCUAUCUCGACUGCUACCAGUCAAUCAGAGGCGAAUACCAGAAGAAAGAGAUCGUGGUCGAGAGCUGUGUUUAGCUCUUUGCAGAGGAAAGGACUGGAGAGAAGAUUUUCUUUGCAGAAAUACAUCACGAAACCAGACAGGAGGCAGCUCGCUGCUACUCUUGGCUUGACAGAUGCACAGGUGAAAGUUUGGUUUCAAAAUCGACGAAUGAAGUGGAGACACACGAAAGAGAGUGAGAAUGCUUCCUUGUCGAACCCUGAUUCUCAGAAGGAAUCAUCUAGGAAAUUAGUGAAGGAUAAUGCAAAGUGUGCAACGACUGAAAAGACUGUUUCUGAGGACGAAGAGGAUGUUGAGAUUGAGGUUGAUGUGUGA